AUGUCGAGUAGAUUAGUGUAUCAGCUAAGGAAGGGGGGUAAAACGGGCAGCAAAACGGACCCCCCAACUACAAAUUUCAAGUUAGCAGAGACUCUUGUCCGAGCCCUCAAAAGAAUGGACGAAGCUCUGGCUCGAGAAGAAGCCCGCCAAUUGGAGCUCGCUUUGGCGGCCAGUUUGGCAGACCAAGGGACUCCUCCCCGACCAUCCCCCGCUUCUAGUUCUCCACCGACAUGGGGCAAUGUUGGAGGACUUCCCUCCCCGAAUCCCAGCAGCAAUCGCACCCCCCCUAGCACAGCUCCUAACGCCAGCAGCUCUAUAGGAGGUCCAGGAGGGCUGGCUUUCAUUCCAGGGUUUGGCAGCAUCUUGGACAGCGGUCCCAAGUCGUCCCCAAAACCUUCUUCCAGCACGAAUGGUGCUCUUGGAAACCUAGGACCAGGUUUGCAGAAUGGUGACUCGGGGUUUAGCAGCGGAGGAGCGUCUCGUCAGAGGCGGCAGGGAGUACAUGGGGGUUUAGCUGGGACUGCUGUGAAUGGAGAGGUUGCAAAUGGGGGGGGAGCAUCGCGCAGUCAGGAUGAGCAAGAUAGGGAGCUGGCUUUAAGGCUGGCCGCAGAGGAAAACCGUAAGGGUCCAAGGAAAUCCGAAGAGGAGCGCGACCGCCUGCUCGCCCUCCGGCUCCAAGAGGAAGAUGCGCGCUCCGUCGAAGUCGUCGCGCACCCGUCUCCCAUCCCGCCCCCCGCCUCCGACGAAGAGAUCGCUCGAAACCUCCAGGAGCAGCUCGCCCUCGAGGACCGGCUAGCCAAUGGUGGAACGCCACCGGGCGCACCGAGCGGGGCGGCCAACGGCGGGGCGCCACGUGGCGGGUUCAGGCUGCCUUUGGGGGGGUCGCUGGGGAGCCUUCCGCAGAUUCCGGCGCCGUUGAGGUCGUUGGGGCAACGACUGUCGAAUCUGGGGCCUGCCACCGCUCAAGAAAUCUGCACACGGUGCAAGCAGCCCAUUACUGGGCGGUACCUCAAGACCGCGGACCAGACGUGGCACGAGGCAUGUUUGGUGUGCAAGUCGUGCAGCGGAAAGAUUUCGGGGGGAACCAAGGUACAUAACGGCGACACUUACCACGAGGCGUGCUACCUGAAGCACAUUCAUCCCCGGUGCUCCGUCUGCCGAAUGCCGAUUCCGGCGAACGAGCACCGCAUCAUCGAGUUCCGCUCACACCCGUUCUGGCGUGACAAGCACUGCCCCGUGCACGAGACGGAUAGCACCGCGCGCUGUUGCGCGUGCGAUCGCAUGGAGCCCGUCGAUGUCCAGUACGUGACGCUCGAUGACGGGCGCAAGCUCUGCCUCGAGUGCUGCUCGAGCGUUGUUGUGGACACUGCAGACUGUCAGCCCCUGUAUCGCGAGGUCCUUGAGUUCUACGAGACGAUGGGCAUGCGGCUGCGCCAGAAGGACAUUCCGUUGCUGCUAGUUGAGCGGCAGGCGCUCAACGAGGCGCAGGAGAAGGAGCACUCGGGCGGGGGCGCCAACCCGGGCUCGCACCACCCCAUGACCACGCGGGGCCUCUGCGUGUCCGAAGAGCAGGUCAUCCGGUCCGUCGUCCGCAAGCCCGCCGGACGCUUUCAGGGCAUCCAGGGUCUUUCGCACGAAACGGAGCAGCAAGUUGUGCGGCGGCACUGCGAAGUGACGGCGAUUUUGAUUCUGUUCGGACUGCCUCGACUGCUGACGGGGUCGAUCUUGGCGCACGAGCUGAUGCACGCGUGGCUCCGACUUGACGGAUCGUUUCCGGCGCUCGAACCCGUGAUCGAAGAGGGCAUCUGCCAAGUGUUGGCCCACAUGUGGUUGCAGACCCAGUUGCCAGCGCACAGCCCAAACAUGGAAAGACCGACGCAGACUCUAGCGGGAGUGCCUGAUUUCCAGUUUCGGAUAAGCGACGGAGGAAGGGAGAAGACGGAAGAGGAGGUGACGGAGCGGUUGGCAGAGUUCUUUGCUAACGAGAUAGCGAUGAAUCCGACGGCAGUGUACGGCGCAGGCUUUAGGGCGGGCCAUGCGGCGGUUGUUAAGUUUGGCCUGGAAACGGUGCUGGAACACAUGCGGAUGACCGGAAUGUUUCCCGCGUAGGCUUACGUUCGCAACCCAUCAAGACAACAGCGAGAUGCGAAUCC